AUGCUAAUUGCCAAGGGUGACAAAGUAGGCAGCCUCUAUGUAUUUGAGGGUCGUGGUGAAGUGGGAGCUGCGAUGGCGGUUGAAGACAGUGAAGUGGGCAAGAAGAAUCAGGUCAACUUCUUAAAGACCGGUAAUAAGAAGAAGGAUACACCUUUGGAGUUGGUUCAUUUGGAUGUCUUUGGACCUACCGAGGUAGCCUCCAUUGGAGCAGCUAACUAUUUUGUCACUUUUCUAGAUGAAUAUACAAGGAAAGUGUGGAUUUAUAUGCUUGCAAAGAAAUCUGAAGUUUUCUCAAAAUUUAAAUCAUUCAAAGCUCUUGUUGAAAAUCAGAUUGGACACAAGAUUAAGUGUUUAAAAAUAGAUAAUAGAGGAGAGUUUUGCUCCUCAGAAUUUGAUUCAUUUUGUGCUGAUAACAGUAUUCGUAGAAUUAAAGUCAUUCCUUUUACACGUCAAGAAAAUGGAGCUGUGAAGAGAUUGAAUAGAAUGAAAUUGAAGAAGGCACGAUGUAUGCUUUCAAAUGCAGGUUUGGGGAAAGAAUUUCCUACUCAACCGGAGCCCUUCAUCUCAGUUGGAUUUUGGUAUUCCGAAAGAGGAAUAGCUGGGAAAAAUAAUUUAUUACUCACAUAUCCGGAGGAUUCUAGCUCCUAUAAUGAUGCUCGAAUUCCCACCUCCCCUAGUAAUCGUGUUAUUGAGGAAGAUGGUAACAAUCCCACACCUUCCCCUGCUGACACGGAGGAUGUGUUGUAUAAGUGUAAGAUGCAGGGUGAAGUUACCAUGAAUCCUGCACAUGAGGAGGGGCGUCUUACUACCUCGAGCUUGCAAGAGGAUCAUGUUUGCAUACGCUGCCUUGAUCCGCAUUCUCCCCACAACCUCAACACUCAUGCCUCACGUAAACAAUGCCCCUCUCUGCCCACCGAUGCUCACAUCGCUCCAAACCUGCCCAUGCCACAGUCAGCAAUGAAAGUUUCACGGGACCCUUCACUCACAGAGGCGGACACUGAUGUUAAUUUCCAGAAACAAAGCAACAAAAAAUAUUAUGAGCUAUUGUUUGUUGAAGAGGCAGAACCCACCUUACUGAUAUCUGAACACACAGAGCCCGCGAACUUUAAUGCUGCUAUGGAGGAUGACAACUAUGAUAAAUGGAAGGGUGUAAUUCAUGAAGAAAUGGACACAUUAAUAAUAAAUCAGACAUGGGAAUUGGUGCGCCUUCCGCCUAACAGAAAGGCAUUUAGAAAUAAGUGGAUUUACAAAUUGAAAGAAGAAUAUGGAGGUCAAAAAUGA